AUGAGCAAAAAGAAAGUAACCAGCAAGUCUAUGACUCUCGGUAUUGAUCAAAUUGCUAGGUUGGCCGCAGAAGAAGCAAAAAAAGAGCAAGGUAGAAUCGAUGGUACAUUUGGGCUUGCAACAGGUCGAAGACCCCCGCUCACCGCGGCAUCCAAGGAAAGGGUUAUUAUUUUUAUUCAUUGCAAACUGUUUAUCUAUUUUAUCGAUUCAAUUGUUAUCUUAUAA